UCUGGGUGAUGGUACUACCACCGCGGGACCUGGGGCGGCUCUGCAGGCAGCCGGGUGCCCUGGCCUUCCCAGCAUGGCCCCUUCUGCGUGGGCCAUCUGCUUCUUCCUGGGGGGCUUCCUGCUGCCCGGGGGGAGCCCCAGCCCUGGCUCCAGCGUGCCCCGCCUGCGGCUCUCCUACCGAGACCUCUUGUCUGCCAACCGCUCUGCCAUCUUUCUGGGCCCCCGCGGCUCCCUGGGCCUCCGGGCCCUGUACCUGGAUGAGUACCGGGACCGCCUCUUUCUGGGGGGCCGCGAUGCCCUCUACUCUCUGCGGCUGGACCAGGCAUGGCCAGACACCAAGGAGGUCCUGUGGCCGCCGCAGCCAGGACAGAGGGAGGCGUGUGUCCGCAAGGGGAGAGAUCCGACGGAGUGCGCCAACUUCGUGCGGGUGCUGCAGCCCCACAACCGGACCCACCUGCUGGCGUGUGGCACUGGGGCCUUCCAGCCCACCUGCGCCCUCAUCACAGUCGGGCACCGUGGGGAGCAUGUGCUCCGCCUGGAACUCAGCAGCGUGGACAGUGGGCGAGGGCGGUGCCCGCACGAGCCCAGCCGUCCCUUCGCCAGCGCCUUCGUAGGCGGGGAGCUGUACACCGGCCUCACUGCCGACUUCCUGGGGCGCGAGGCCAUGAUCUUCCGCAGCGGGGGCCCCCGGCCAGCCCUGCGCUCCGACUCUGACCAGAACCUCUUGCACGACCCCCGGUUUGUGAUGGCUGCCCGGAUCUCUGACAACUCUGACCAGGACAAUGACAAGGUGUACUUCUUCUUCUCGGAGACUGUCCCCUCGCCUGAUGGCAGUUCAGGCCGUGUCACCGUCAGCCGCGUGGCCCGCGUCUGUGUGAACGACGCCGGGGGCCAGCGGGUGCUGGUGAACAGGUGGAGCACCCUCCUCAAGGCCAGGCUGGUCUGCUCCGUGCCCGGGGCCGGCGGUGCAGAGACCCACUUUGACCAGCUGGAGGAUGUGUUCCUGCUGUGGCCCAAGGCGGGGAAGGGCCUGGAGGUGUUCGCGCUCUUCAGCACAGUCAGCGCUGUGUUCCAGGGCUUCGCGGUCUGUGUGUACCACAUGGCGGACAUUUGGGAGGUCUUCAACGGGCCCUUUGCCCACCAAGAAGGGCCGCAGCACCAGUGGGGGCCCUAUGUGGGCAAGGUGCCCUUCCCUCGACCUGGCGUGUGCCCCAGCAAGAUGACUGCGCGGCCAGGGAGAGCCUUUGGCAGCACCAAGGACUACCCGGAUGAAGUGCUGCAGUUUGCCCGAGCCCACCCGCUCAUGUUCCGGCCCGUGCGGCCUCGGCUUGGCCGCCCUGUCCUCAUCAAGACCCAGCUGGCCCAGAAGCUCACCCAGAUCGUGGUGGACCGCGUGGAGGCGGAGGAUGGGAUCUAUGACGUCAUCUUCUUGGGGACCGACUCAGGCUCUGUGCUCAAAGUCAUUGCCCUCCAGGUGGAGGGCUCGGCGGAGCCCGAGGAGGUGGUCCUGGAGGAGCUCCAGGUGUUUAAGGUGCCCACACCCAUCACUGAGAUGGAGAUCUCUGUCAAAAGGCAAAUGCUGUACGUGGGCUCUCAGCUGGGUGUGGCCCGGCUGCGGCUGCACCAGUGCGAGACUUAUGGCAGCGCGUGUGCCGAAUGCUGCCUGGCCCGAGACCCAUACUGCGCCUGGGACGGUGCCUCCUGCACCCGCUACCGCCCCGGCUCCAGCAAGCGCCGGUUCCGCAGGCAAGACAUCCUUCAUGGCAACCCUGCCCUGCAGUGCCCAGGCCAGGGCCAGACCGAAGAGGCCACAGGAGCUGUGGCAGCCACCACGGUCUAUGGCACGGAACACAACAGCACCUUCCUGGAGUGCCUGCCCAAGUCCCCCCAGGCUGCCGUGCGCUGGUUCUUGCAGAGGCCAGAAGACGAGAGGCCCGACCAGGUGAAGACGGAUGAACGCAUCCUGCAAACGGCGCAGGGGCUACUGUUCCGCAGGCUCAGCCGCCUGGAUGCGGGCACCUACACCUGCAGCAGCCUGGAGCAUGGCUUCUCCCGGACCGUGGUCCGCCUGGCCCUGGUGGUGAUCGCGGCCGAGCAGCUGGGGGUGUUGCUCCCUCGGGAGCCUCCAGCACGGGGUGGCCCAGCCUCUGUGCCCCCCAAGGCCUGGUACAAGGACAUCCUGCAGCUCACCGGCUUGGCCAGCCUGCCCCGGGUGGAUGAGUACUGUGAGCGCGUGUGGUGCAGGGGUGUCGCGGAGCGCCCUGGUGCCCUCCCCUUCUGGAGCAAGGCCAAGUCGGCCAGGGGCAAGGGCUGGGCCGGGCUGGAGCUGGGCAAGAAGGGGAAGAGCCGGGUUCAGGCGGAGCGCAACCGCACGCCCCGGGAGGUGGAGGCCACAUAGAGAUCGUGGGGGGUGGUCAGGAUGGGGGGCAGAGCCCCUAGCAUCUGUCCCCCCACCCAGCAAGGGCAGAGGGGGCCGGAUGCCUGACCGGUCCUCAGAGAAGUCAUCUGUACCCUGACACCACCAUCAGGACACCUGGAGAAUCUGGGGGCCUGAGGGAGGGGCCUGUGCCCGAGGCAAGUUCCCUGGGGUCUCUGUGCCUCAGUGCCAGGCUGGAGCCCACACCCUCUGGCCUCAACAGCCCCCAGGGACCUGCCGUUUGUUCUCAGAGGUGGCCUGGCUUCCGGAACAGUUUCCGGGUGUGCCCAGAGCAGGAGGGCUGGGCAGUUCUUUCCCAGCCUGCAGAACAAUGGCCAUCCUGGUACCGCAGAGUAAGUGUGGGCGGUUGCAAGGAGGGCCCUGGGCAGCCAGAGGAGGGCACGCCCUCGAGGCUAUCGCCCCUCAGAAGGACCUGCCCUGACCCACGCGGGAGGGAACAAGGAGUUGGGAAGCCUGGGUGGCAGUAUGUCCCCACCCCUGCUCUGCCUCUGCCACCACCUGGGACCUGGGGUGGUCUGGGCCUCAAGCCCCACUUCGGACACCAGGGAGAGGGGUCUCACAGCCCGACUUCCCUUCCCCAGGCCAGGCUUUCCCGAUGCCCACCUUCCUAACGGACUGGCCCUUUCCUACGUGUGGGUCUCCAUGCUGGGGGCUUCUGGGGAAGGCACCCUCAGCUCUGGGGCAGAGACGGGAGGAGGCUGCCAGGAAAGUGUGGUGGGAGGAGUGGGCUGGCUCUCCCAGGGCAGUGCACCCAUCCCGGCCCUGUGGGGCGGGAAUCGGGGCCCUGUGAGUCAGGGUCACAGAAGCUGUCCCUGCUGAUGGGAAGAGACUGUGGGAGGCCCCGGGUGAGCUGCGGGACCUGGGAGCAGGUGUCCUCAAGGACGUACAAUGGCAUCGACCAGCCAAAGUCACCCCAGAGGCUGUGCUUUCCGACCCUGUUUUCUUCUGCCAAGUAGGGGUUGGGCACAGAUGGUUCAUUUAUAAAGCUGAAGGGGAAAAAAUGUAGAGAAAAAAAGCUAAGCGCUGCAAGUCCUGCUGCUCCUUGGGGUGAGGGGUGGGGCGCAGGCGGCCUGGACACGCCCUGCCCGGGUGCGCCGGGGAGGCGUCUCUGCCAUCAGCAGUUUCUCAGGCUGGGGGUGCCAAGCCGGGGGAGGACUAAAUGAAAAGUCCCCAGCCUGCACACGAGGACAUCGGUGACGCACAGAACCCACAGGAGGGAGCCGAGGGCCCUGGGUCUGAGAUGCCCUUCAUUAAAAAAACCAAGAUGGAGGAAAGGGGAAAGACAGGCCUGGGUUUCCUCUCCUCCGGCCCCCACCCCAUGUCUCCUGGAACCAGAUUUGUGCAGUCAGUGGCCGGCACCUCUGAGACCAGCCCGCCAGCGCCUGGAGAGCCCUUGUGCCGUGCGCUGCGCUGGGAUUUCAGAGGACAGGAGGGAGGGCAGGAGGAAGUCAGUGACAAUGGAAAGGGAGCUCCCAGCCCUGACACCUACCCAGGGAAGCCACACCGGCCCUGGCAGGAUCCGAGCGCAGAGAGGGAGCGCGAGAUCCCAGCAAUGAACGCCUACACUGGGACAAAUAGGAUAGCUUCUCCAGCCCCUCCCGUCCCUGUCCUGGGCUCUGCGGCUGACUCCUGGAAAGGUCCUCCGCAUGGGAGUUUUAUUUUUGUAUGCCUAAGUCGGGAUGGGCCUCGUGGCUUCUCUGUCUCCCGUGCAUAGUUCUCGUACUCACCGUUAAUCGUGUGGUCAUGGCUGUCUCUGAGCGCUGCUGAGAAAAGCAAAACCUGUAAAAAAGAAAGAAAGAAAAAGGAUAAAGUUAAUAUUUAC